CGGGGCCUCGCUGAGGACCUCGGGCUGGGCGCCGCCGCCGGUUCGUCUACCCUUUCCCUUGGCCGCCUCCUUUCAACCUUGUCCACCCGUCGGCGCGGCCUCUGGUGCAGCGGCGGCGGCACUCGUUCCUGCCGCAGCUUUCUCCCCUCCUUCCCUUCCCUCCAGAUCCCUGAGUUUGCCCGGCAUGGCUUUACUCACUGCGGCAGCCCGGCUCUUCGGAGCCAAGAAUGCAUCCUGUCUUGUUCUUGCUGCCCGGCAUGCCAGUGCUUCCUCCACGAAUUUGAAAGAUGUAUUGGCUAACCUGAUACCUAAAGAGCAGGCCAGAAUUAAGACCUUCAAGCAGCAACAUGGCAAGACGGUGGUGGGCCAGAUCACUGUGGACAUGAUGUAUGGUGGCAUGAGGGGCAUGAAGGGAUUGGUAUAUGAAACAUCAGUUCUUGAUCCUGAGGAGGGCAUUCGCUUUCGAGGCUAUAGUAUACCCGAAUGCCAGAAACUGCUGCCCAAGGCUAAGGGUGGGGAAGAACCCCUGCCAGAGGGUUUAUUUUGGCUGCUGGUAACUGGACAAGUCCCAACAGAAGAACAGGUAUCUUGGCUCUCAAAAGAGUGGGCAAAGAGGGCAGCUCUGCCUUCCCAUGUGGUCACCAUGCUGGACAACUUUCCCACCAAUCUACACCCCAUGUCUCAGCUCAGUGCAGCCAUUACAGCCCUCAACAGUGAAAGUAACUUUGCCCGAGCAUAUGCAGAGGGUGUCAACCGAACCAAGUACUGGGAGUUGAUUUAUGAAGACUGUAUGGAUCUGAUCGCAAAGCUACCCUGUGUUGCGGCAAAGAUCUACCGGAAUCUCUACCGUGAGGGCAGCAGUAUUGGAGCCAUUGACUCUAAGCUGGACUGGUCCCACAAUUUCACCAACAUGUUAGGCUAUACUGAUCCUCAGUUUACUGAGCUAAUGCGCUUGUACCUCACCAUCCAUAGUGACCAUGAAGGUGGCAAUGUAAGUGCCCAUACCAGCCACUUGGUGGGCAGUGCCCUUUCAGACCCCUACCUGUCUUUUGCAGCAGCCAUGAAUGGGCUGGCAGGGCCCCUACAUGGACUGGCAAAUCAGGAAGUGCUUGUUUGGCUGACACAUCUACAGAAGGAAGUUGGCAAAGAUGUGUCAGAUGAGAAGUUACGAGACUACAUCUGGAACACACUCAACUCAGGACGGGUUGUCCCAGGCUAUGGCCAUGCAGUACUAAGGAAGACUGAUCCACGAUAUACCUGUCAGCGAGAAUUUGCUCUGAAACAUCUGCCUCAAGACCCCAUGUUUAAGCUGGUUGCUCAGCUGUACAAGAUUGUGCCCAAUGUCCUCUUAGAGCAGGGCAAGGCCAAGAAUCCUUGGCCCAAUGUAGAUGCGCAUAGUGGCGUGCUGCUCCAGUACUAUGGCAUGACGGAGAUGAAUUACUACACAGUCCUGUUCGGGGUGUCACGAGCAUUGGGUGUACUGGCACAGCUCAUCUGGAGCCGAGCCCUAGGCUUCCCUCUAGAGAGGCCCAAGUCCAUGAGCACAGAUGGUCUGAUGAAGUUUGUGGACUCUAAGUCAGGGUAAAACUGGAGACUGGGGGAAACUACCAGAAAGUGAGGGAGCUUUAAAAAAAAAAAAAAGUAUACUUUUGUUUUGUUCAGGGGACUUUUAAAGACUUAAAAUUAAAUUGUAUCUGAGGCACUGAUAAUAAGUUUGAGGUUAAAAUACAAAUUAAGAUUUUGAAAGAUAAAAAGUGACCCCUUCUUCCCUAACCAGCUCCUUUCCCCUGCCUGGUAAGAGUUGCCCAUCAACUGCAGGAUGACCAGGACUAAUGCAUGUGGUGUGUGUUAGGUCUGGUCGUCGGCCCCCCCCCCCCCCCCCCCCCCCAUCUCUAGAGGGAGAAUCUGGCUCCUCUUUCCCUGGGUCAAAGCUGAUUGCAGAAAAUCUUCAGUCACUUUGGAGCUUUUGGUUCCACUCUGCCCAGCCCUCAAAUAGGUCAGCAAACCAGGACUCUGCCCCUUCUGUUUCCAUAGGAAUCAUGUUGGAUUGCCAGCUGUACCGAGCCCCAUUGCCCUCUCCAAUGUGCACAGACACUUCUAGCAAGAUCUAUUGGUUAGCUGGACAUGCUUUGGCAUUUUUUUAUGCUACCAGGUGACCAUAAAGGCCAUGGCAUUUGUUGUUACUGGCACCAGUGUUUUAUUUAUUUUUUAAAAAUUAUCCCAUGAAAAUUAAGAUCUGGGAGUAUUCUAUUCCCCACUACUUCAAUACCUCCUUUGAGAUUUUCUAUACCUGCUGCUCCUCAAGCUGAGGAUGCUCUGGACCUUUCCCUCUUCGUCCCUACUAGAGAACUCCUUCAGCAGGUUGUAUGUACCACUUUCCCAGUCAUUUGGCUUUAUCAGUGCUUAAUGUGAACUAAACUUUUUACUUCCACAGAACACAAGCCACUACCCUCUGACCUUUUUCCUCCCCUUUAUUUUAGUAUGCUGUGGGCCAUAGAAUAGGUACUUGGGAAAGAUCAGCAUAGCUUCAUGGUCUGGUCCCAGGGGUACUAGCACCUCUUUUUGAGCAGGGAAAUGAUUUAGAUUAGACCUGGUUUCCUUUGAAUAACAGGUCCUGGGGCUAGGGGCAUUAAAAAUAGUAACCCUCCCUCCUCAAUCCCCUGCCACAAGAAAAUAUCCCUUUAUUUAUCAAGGUUCUUAUGCUGCCCUUCCCUAAGAGCUCACAGUACAGUGUUUGUUUUAGAAGCCUCAUCUGCACAGGUUUCCAGUGACUCAGAAUGCUCUACUGUCUUUUCUUUAAGAAAGGAUUGAAAUACACUCCUGCUGUGCCCCUUCCUCCCUCACAACUCCUGCCUGUGUUUGUGUGGAACCCAAUCCCCAGAACCACGCUGUUGAGAUGGACACACUGUCUGUAAACCCCUGCGUAACUUGUCAUGAUGCAGACUUCAGGUUGUUCUGUAUAAAAUGCAAAAUAAAUGUUUUUAUUAACAAUG